CACGCGCCAUUGAAAGCACAAUUUUCAAAGCACGGCUGAUGUGAAGCGGCACCGUACCGCUACAAUGUCUGCUACUAUCGGUACUGGUGCUGCUGGAUCAGUCCUUUGACACCCAAGUGGUUUUGAUGCUAGACCCCAGCUGCUAGUAGACUUCUAUUCGUACUCCAAAGUUAUAGGUUUUGACGAGCUUUCCUUUCAACCUAUCGGCAUCACGCACUGACUGGCAAGCAAUCAAUCGUCUGAAAUCUAUAGUUCCAGGCCUACAAAGCUCAACAAAACCCUCAGAAUCUCCUACAGUACAAGCUACUAGUACCUUUCAUAGACGUUGAGGUCGCAAGAGCGUCCGAGCAACUCUGAUUUUGAAACUGUAAAUGGAGCUACUAUUGUUUCAGUCGCUGGACUAUUGUGUCAAUGGGUGUUUCCUCGGACCAGCAAGUUCGACUCCAGCGGGAGGACACUGAGAUGCCACCGCGAAGCUGAGAAGAAAGCCAAGACGACUGCUCCUGUGCAUCGUUCGGUCCUGAUUACGGAUUGCAACCUUUCUGAGCUCGGGCAUGGCGCUCUACCGGUAUGCAGCGCAGAGGUGUGCGACCUUUCAAAGCAUGAUUCAUCGCCCGAUCGCGACUGGCUGGCGAGUCACAGUUAGUUGGUCGUUUCCGCUGACUAUGUACCGGUAGAGACAGCGGACGGGUGAUGCUCACAAAAAACAGACUACGAAGAUAAAAAUACAAAGGCUCUACAAACCACGAACACAAACCACAAACCGCAAUAACAUCAACAUGAACAGAAACAACUCCAUCUCCACUGACUUCACUAUUUUGACAGAUGGCUCAUCUAUCAUCUUUGAAGACAGCAGCGCCGAAAAACAAACGCGACAAGACAAUCGGGCACGCCAAACUCUACCUUCGACAGGCACCAUUGUCCAAGCUUGCUUUCAAAAAGAGUCAGCUCAAGACAAAACCGGUCUUGCCAUUGGAUCCAAUAAAGCAGACCAAGUUGUGAUCACCAAAAUUGUCCCAAACUCUAUUGUAUUCCAGCAGGCUCAAGAGCUUCAACCUGGAAUGCAACUUCUUAGCAUAAACGGAGUGACUCUGACUACAGUUACAGAUGGAGUGUCUCCACUUCAAAAGGCUGCUCAGUUACUGAUGGGUGCCAGUGGCAACAUUAUGGUUGUUGCCCUUGUGCCCCCAACGAUGCGAAGACAACGAAGACUUGGUGGUGGCAACCACAAAGUAUACAAGGUCCUAAAAUGGGGACUCUGCCUCAGAGAUGCAACCAACUCCCAGGGUAAACCAAUAGUUGUGAUUCACAGACUUGAGUACCAUGCAGCUACACACAAGGAACUGUCUGCGGGCAUGAUCAUCCGACGCAUCAACUCUGGAACCUGUGCACACAUGAAUGCUUCGAAAAUCGCAAAACUAUUGGAAGACCAGCGGGGAGGUCAAUGCAAAAUCACGGUUGAGAAACCCGCAACCGGAAAGACCACCAAUGUAGUGCUGGGGCACAGGGACACGCACAAUUUUCGAUUUAGGACCAGCAACUGGCACCGGUACUUCUAAAGAAGGCCGAUGCAAAGAGAACGGCACUAGUAGUAGACCAAAUAAAAAAGCAAGCUUACAUGUACAUUUUAGUAUAGCCAGACCAAACCGAACGGUGUGGAACUAUGAUUGGCAAAAGAGGUGAAGGCU